AAAAGAAAAAAAAAAAAAAAAACAAGAGGGGGGAAUCUCUCUCCUCUCCUCUCUCUCCUUCCCGAUGAGUUCUUAUUUUGUCAACUCGACCUUCCCGGUGAGCCUGGCGGCGGGGCAGGAGCCCUUCCUGGGACAGCUCCCGCUGUACCCCUCGGGCUACGCGGACCCUCUGCGGCACUACCCGGGCACCUACGGAGCGGCGCAGGACAAGGGCUGCUACUCCUCCUCCUCCUCCUCCUCCUCUCCCUACUACCAGCAGAGCUCGGCGGCGUUCGGCGGCCGCGCCGCCGCCUGCGACUUCGGGCCCGGCGGCUUCUUCAGGGACAAGGAGCCGGCGUGCGCCCCUCCCAGCCUGGACGAGGCGCCCUCCUUCAAGGACUGCGCGCACGGCAAGAGCGCCUUCGGAGAGAGCGAGGAGCAGAAGUGCUCCGCGCCCGUGUACCCCUGGAUGCAGCGGAUGAACUCUUGCAAUAGUUCGUCGUUCGGGCCGAGCGGCCGCCGGGGCCGCCAGACGUACACGCGGUACCAGACGCUGGAGCUGGAGAAGGAAUUCCACUUCAACCGCUACCUGACCCGGCGGCGCCGCAUCGAGAUCGCGCACUCGCUGUGCCUGACCGAGCGCCAGAUCAAAAUCUGGUUCCAGAACCGCAGGAUGAAGUGGAAAAAGGAGAACAAACUGCUCAGCUCCUCGCAGCUCAGCGCCGAGGAGGAGGAGGAGAAGGCGGCGGAGUGAUUCGAGAGAAAUUAAACGUACAAAAAAAAAUUAAAAAAAAAAAAAGAGAGAGAAAGAAAAAAAAAAGCAACAACAACUCAAAAGUUAUUUAAAACGCGAGGAGAAAACGCUAAAUAUUGGAAUUGAGGGAGGGACGGGGUUGAGAGGUGAGGGCUGGCUUGGACAAAUCCCCGCAGCAGCCGCAAACUUUGGGCCACCAACGCCCUGCACUCCAAUUCCCACUGAUUUUGCCCCCAAAAACGCAAAAAUUAACCCGGCUUCUAGUGGCCCACAAAGUUUGGGCCACCAGCACCUUGGACUCCAAUUCCCACUGAUUUUGCCCAAAAAACGCAAAAAUUAACCCGGCUUCUAGUGGCCCACAAGGUUUGGGCCACCAACACCUUGGACUCCAAUUCCCACUGAUUUUGCCCAAAAAACGCAAAAAUUAACCCGGCUUCUAGCGGCGUUUUGAGGUUUUUUUUCACCCUUUCCCUCCUGCUCCGCCCCCCCCCCCCUCAUGGAAAUGGAAUAAUAAUAAUAAUAAUAAUUAAAAAGUGAGGAGAUGGAGAGAGAGAAGGAGGGAAAGAAACGGGAAGAGAAAAUAGGGGGAAAAAAAGAAAAAAAAUUUUAAAAAAAAGGACUCCUAGCCGUGUUUCUACCCUUGGUGUCACUGUUAGUAACCUGCUAACUCUUGUAUUUAAUGGAAGUGCUGCAAUAUAUGUCAUUUGGGGUGUUUAUUGUCCUAAUUUUGUACAAAUGUUCCAUGCACGGUUGAUAUAGGUUGGGUUUUUUCUUUUCUUUUUUUGUUUUUUAAUUUUUUUUUUUUUUACUCCUUUGGUAAAUUAAUCAAACCCUGAGGUUCUUUGUAAUUAGUUUGGGGAGUGUUUGUUUUUUUGUUUGGGUGGGGUUUUUUGUUUUUUUUUCUUUUUUUUUGCCUUUUUUAAUUUUUUAUUUUCAAAAGUAAAAAAAAUCUACUGAAAGAACGAGUACUACCUACAAGGCUGCAAAAAAAGAAAAAAAAAAAAAAGCAAAAAAAGGAAAAAAAAAAAGAAGAACAACGACAGAAAGUUCUAUUUUAUUAAUUUUUGUACGUGUUGUGUUUGGAGUUUGUCUUAGGUAUGAACAUGGAAUUCUCUAAUAAAAGCCAAGUCCUCGAUCUCACCGCA